AGUCCUCAGAAAGUCCACUACAAUGUCGUCCGUAUCCAUGAUUGUUCUGUGCGCUUCUGCGCUUUUCGUUCAGACCAUCUCUGCACAGUGCAUGCGUGGUGCUCCGGCAUGGGAAGCGCCGGCCCCCAUGGCCUGGAACCCCGGCUGUGGCGCGGUUAACUACGGCAACAUCAUCGCUUCUAACUCGGCAUCUACUAGCGGCGGUGGCUUCGGUGUAAUCUCCUCCUCCCUAUACGCACCAAAUGGUCUUUCCGUCUUGUCCGAAAAUGACAUUUCAGGCAUGCUUGAUGCUUCUGGUAACCUCCCAGUGCUCGCCGCCGUCGCUCUGGACGGCUCGCUACCGACCACCGGUUCAGCUGGAGCCACCUACAGUUGUGGAAAUGAACUGGUGGGCAUCGAUAGCGACAGCAUCGCCGCUGCUGGUAUCGACGCUGCGAGCUACAACGCCGGUUACGGCUCUGCUUUUGGACCAAAAGCCUUUGCCCCCCGUGUCUAUUCUGCGCCCUCUUUCAAAGCUGCUCCCUGUGGAUGUUACUGAAAAGGUAUAAUAAAUUAAGUGUUUACAAAAUAAAAAUAAAUAAACUUUUAGUUAUCGCGCUAUA